AUGAAAAUGGAAGUCCAACAUCAACUUGCCACAAGUACUGUAUUGCCAACAAUAUUUAAUAAUGAUCUCAUAAUAAAAACUGAAGUUGAAGAUCCACCUACCACUAGUCCAUCAGUUUCUGUUUUUAAUAAUAGUAGUUCACCUAAUGAAUCUAUAAAAUUAUCUCUUUCUAAUCCAUCAUCACCAACUGCCAAUAUUACAACUUCUGUUUCCCUAAAUUCACCAGUCCAUUCUCAAAUAUCAAUGACAAAUAAUAAUAGUUUAAAUAAUUUAAAAAAUGGUAUAACUAAAAUAAAUUCUAUAGAUAGAAAAAGACCAUAUCCAUGUAAUUUAUGUGUCUCUAAAUUUGGUUCUAAAAUGGAAUUGGAGGAACAUCAAAAUUCUCAUACUGGUGAGAAACCAUUUCAAUGUGAUAUAUGUAAAUCACGUUUUAAUAGAAGAAGUACAUUAUGGAAUCAUAAAAGAAUUCAUAGUGAUAAUAAACCAUUUGUUUGUACAGUAUGUAAUAUGCGAUUUAAAUGGAAAAAUAGUUUGAAGUGCCAUAAAGAGAUGCAUAUGCGUAAAAAUGAAAGUACAGUAAAUAUGGAUGAUUUAAAAAAUGUUACCUAUGCAACAGCAGCAAAGAAAAAUUUUAAUGAAAGAGGUAUAGAAAAUAAUAAUGAUAUGGCUAUUAAAGAAAAUGGUAGUCCACGAGAAAAUAUAGGAAAUGAAAAUAGAGAUAGUCGAAAACAGGGAUUUAAUGGUAUUGAAUUAUCACCAAUAAAUAAUCCUCAUGAACCAAUAAAUGGAUUUUUAAAUAAUAAUACAAUGAAUAAUGGUAUAUUACAUUAUACAACAAAUAGCCGUUUUUCUCAUCCUAAUCCAUUGGAUAUAUUUGAAUCACAUCAUAAUAUUCAUACAAUGUUAUCACCACAAACAAAUAAUCAUCUAAUAAUUAAUUCACUAACAAAUACAAAUUCACCUGGAGAUUUUGAUUUUACAACAAAUCUUCUUCAAACAUCAAAUACAUUACAUAAUACAUCUAAUAAUUUUGAUAAUUGUACAAUUAAUCCAACAACAUCUAUCUUUACACAUAUUGAAAAUAACAAUAAUAAUAUAAGAAAUGGUGGUGAUAUUGGACAGUAUAAUAGAAAUGAUAAUUUACAUAAUAAUAUACAAACAUCAACAGCCUUAUCUGUUACAGCUUCAAGUGAUGGAGCAACAGAUUCUCUUAUAUCAAAUAAUAAUGGAGAAACACCCUCUAUUCAAAAUAAUAUUUCAUUAGAAAAUAAUUAUAAUGAUAAUAAUAACGGUGCUUCUAAUAAUGGAAACAAUGAUAUAUUACUACAGAGCAAUUUAAUAAAUGGUUAUGCAAAUUCCAUUGAUACAUCAUUACUUUAUAGUAAUCCACCAACAUCUGAAUACUUAACUACAGCAACUUCUAUGAAUUACACAACUAUGCCAGAUAUAUCUUUAAUAUCCCAAGCAAAUUAUAAUGCAUCUUUAGGAAAUCAAAGAAUUUCACUUUCAGAUUCAUUAACUCAUCUAAAUCAACAUACAACAGCUUUAUGUACAGGAAAUACAAAUAUUCAUGAUAGUGAUUUAAUAAGUUUCAGUGUAUCAGGACCACAUACUAAUGGUUUAAUUACACAUAAUGGUAUUCAUAUGAAUGCAUUACAUCCAUUUAAUUAUCCUGUUACUAAUGUUGGAAUGGGUACUAUUACUUUAAAUGGCAGUGAAACAGGAGGUUGGCAUAUAUAA